AUGGAGUCCCAUCACAAUAUUGUCAUGACAUUUCAUCCACAUACAAAUGGUCAAGUUGAAAUAUUCAACCGCAAAAUAAAGCAGAUUUUAGAGGAAAAAAAGGUGAAUCCAAGGCAGAAGGAUUGGUCACCUAAGUUAGAUGAAGCACUCUGGACAUAUAGAACAGCGUUCAAGACUACUCUAGGCAUGUCACCAUUCAAGUUGGUGUAUGGGAAGGCCUGCGACCUUCGUGUUGAGCUCGAACAUAAGACAUAUUGGGCUAUUAAAAGAUUGAAUUUUGAUGAUCCAUUAGCUAGGGAACAGAGAUUACUAGAACUUAAUGAGUUGGAAGAGUUUAGGGAACAUGCAUAUAAGAAUACGAUGAUAUACAAGGAAAAGACAAAGAAGUGA